AUGUCCAGCUCCCCUUCACCUUUUCGACCUCCGCUACCUGCCUCCCCCGCACUCCCAUCACCUCCACCUUCCGAAUCGUUCUUUUCAGAGCUCGACGGGACCGCAAGCGUGCUGGAACACUCUGCUCUCGACUUUGGCUGGGACGAUUCGAGAAUAGAUCCCAAGUCUCUCAAUCUGGUGUCUUGGAAACUCGGCAUAGAUUUCAACGUCCAAGAUGAUAUCAACAAGCGAGGCUUUAAUGCCAUAUCCACAGUCUUGAAUCAUCCCACUAAAAAGGCGAACCCUCUUCGUGGUUCACGCAAACCCCUUCCCCCUCUGAGAGAUCCCCCGCCGAUUUUGCCCAAACCACCACCACCGUCAGCCUACGACCCGUACCUGCAAACCGUGACUCCUCUGUAUGACACCUUGAUUAAUGCCCAAGCAUCAUCAUCUUCCUCUUCGGGGGGUGAAUAUGACCUUCAACAACCCGGUAGACCUGACUUGCCCUCUCUCUCCUCUGUGCCCGAGCUCUUCUUCGACCCUGACUUUGAUCUCGGCAAGCCCUCCACGUGGGAAGAAGUUGUGGGAAACGCUGGGCCAGCUCUCAAAAGUCGGUUUUCGGACAACCUCGACGUUUUGGAGAACCAUCUGGUCCACGAGAUCACCCAACGCUCCGCUUCAUUCUUCUCCGCACUCAGCAAUUUACAAGACCUGCAGUCCGAAUCGUCCACAUGUUUGUCUCGUAUCGCGGAACUGCAGGAGGCCCUGCGGGAAGUGGGGGACAAGCAAGCCAGAAAAGGUUUGGAGAUAAUUGACGCCCAGGAGGAGUUGCGGAUACUGAGAACGGUGGAGCAAAAUGUGAAACAGAUUGGGGACCUGAACGACAUGCUGAAUAGGGCCCGGAAUGUGGUUGCCGAUGGAGACUGGGCGACGGGUUUGAAUCAAAUCGGGGACAUUGUCAACUGGUGGGAGCGGCAUGGCGUUGGCGAGAAGGGAGAUUUUCAGUCAUCCCUACCGUCACCGACCGAGGUCAAAUCUACAUCACCGCCCGUUUCUCAGUCUUUACCACUGUCAUCGUUGGCGUCAUUAUCGACCUUACCCGCUACUGUAUCAGAAAUUACCUCCCAAAUCUCAGUCCUGCUGGAAGCAGCCCUUACAGCGCAGCUGCUGGCUAUGCUGUCUACGGUGGAAGAGACCCCAGAAUUUGACAAAGACGCGUUCAAGAUGUGUAUGGAGCCGCUCAUCGGCGGAUUGGUUCGGUGUGGUACCCCUGAAGCUCUGUCAAAAUUAUGGCGAGAAGUCGUCAUCACUUCCAUACGCGAUGCCUCACGCAAGCAUUUGCCCCUUCUACAGUCCGACGAGGAAGUAGGGGAGGAUGGUAAAAUAGAUAUCAAAGGGACUUCAUUAGUGGGAGCACUUAAGACGAUGGACCACAACCGUUUCUUACUCCUCACCGUGCAGAUAAACUCGGCAUCCUUGUCACGCUUGGAGAGAGUGCAAAUCAUGGGGGAGCUGCUUCAAGAGGUCCUUACGGCUACAUGUUCUCUUUCCCCUCUGACAAUAUCCAAUCGUACACUCGAUGUCACUGCCUCCCUCAAAACGAACCCUACGCCUUCCCUUCACCCCCUCGAAAUCCUGACUGCCGGCUGUGAAGUGGCAAAUGCUCGAGCCUCAAAAAUCCUAGCCUCCCGCUCAGAUCAACAUGCCUCUUUAUCCCUCGAAGAAUUCGUCGAGCUAUUUCAGAUAAACUGGGAAUUCAUCCUCGCCACUGAAACCCUGGCCAAACGCAUGAUCGUCCCUCUGAGAGGUGUGACAGCGACGCAAGCGCGAGCCUUUUUGGUCGCAUAUCACGCUGUGCGUUUAACAAAAUCUGCAAAGUCGGUAGAGGAUGAAUUGUGGACUCAGAUCGAUGUUCCACCAUCACUGCAACAUAUUGUUGAUCUUCUGGUCCAAUCGGCAGUCUCGGAUCCUCCAGAAUGUAACAUCCCACCUCCUCCGGCUAUCACGAAUGGUGCGGCCGGACCACAGAAAACUCUCAGUAUCGAAGAAAGGAAUUUCUUCGUGGUCAGAGCCACGAUGGAAACUCUCGAGCUUCUGGAAGAUUAUCUGAAGAUCGUCAUCAACCUCGAGUUGGUGGUGACGGACGUCAUGUCUCGUAUUGUUGAGUUUCUCAAGUCCUUCAAUUCGAGAACAUGCCAAGUAGUGUUGGGCGCAGGGGCGAUGCGAUCAGCAGGGUUGAAGAACAUUACAGCAAAGCAUUUGGCUUUGGCGUCACAAUCUCUAUCGGUCGUCGUGGCUUUGAUACCUUACAUCCGGGAGUUCGUGAGACGACAUUUGUCCCCAAAGCAGGCGGUCAUGUUGACUGAAUUUGAUAAGCUCAAACGGGAUUUCCAAGAACAUCAAAAUGAGAUUCAUGCCAAAUUGGUUGCAAUCAUGUCAGACCGAUUAGCAGUGCAUUGUGCAUCCCUUCGAGACAUUGACUGGGAGUCGACUUCGGAGAAAAAUGGACCUAGUCUAUACGCCGAACUACUGGUCAAGGAGACUGCCACACUGCACAAGGUCUUGUCGAAGUAUCUGCCCGCGCAAACGGUUGAGAGCGUCAUGUCAGAAGUCUUGGGUGCUAUCGUAUAUCGGGUCGGGGAGGAGUACAAGAAGGUGGAGUUGAAGAGCGAAGAAGCUAAGAGACGGAUGUUGCAGGAUGCUACCCUCAUCACACAACGUCUCUCCCCACUCUGUUCGACCGAUAAAACCGUUACCAUCCUCGAAACACUCGUCAAAGAUAAACCUACACCUCGGAAGAUGUCGCAAACCAUGGCGGGUCUAUUACGGCGAAGAGGAUCGAGCAGUGUGAAGCCUGCCCCUGCGUCUCUUGAGAAGGAAGAGUCAAUUGUCGAUCCUGGCGAGGAUGAAGAGCACGCUUUGGAGGACCCACCAGACUUACCAGAGGAAACACCGGUUGUUGUGAAUGGCGAGACAUCGCAAGUGUCCAAGGAGGACUCACAGCCACUAGAUCCGGUGGAGCAGGUCGAAACCACGGAACCGGCGAACCCUCCAGAUCCGCCCGAUCGAGGAGAACAAACUGGCCAGACGCAAGAAGAGACAAGUGAAGUGCUUGAUGUUAGAGAGGAGCAAGUGGACACAGGGCCAGCCACUCCGCCCAAGGAGACCGACAAAGCUCCUGCUGUACCAUCGAAGUUGGUUGGUGGGGACAGACUCGACGAGACGCAGGAGGGGGAGGUAGAAAAUCUUGAUCAGAGCCAAGACGAACUGGAGGAUCCAAUACAGGCAGAUGGGGAGAAGGAGAGAGAAGGAAAAGACGGUGAGGAAUCCGAGUCUGGACCACGUGUGCCAGAUAAGGACUAA